CAGCUGGUGGCCCUACGACAAAAGUGAAGAUCGCUGUGAAGAAGCUGCGUGAAGCCGUUUCCCCCCGCCCGGCAGCUGAUGUGGCUUUGGCUGGAGACGGAGCAUCCCGCGUUCCUCCAGCCCGGUCAGCAAACGAGGCUCCCUGCGAUGGGGUCACCCCCGGUACCCCUGGUACCCCCGGCAGCGCGGCUCCAGGAGCCUGGAGUGAUAAAGGACAUCCAGAACAUCUGCUUUCAGUAGAAAAUUCUACAGAGCCCAUGUUUUUGUCACAAAUGGAUUAUCCUAGAGAAGCUGCAGUACCAGAAGAUCCUUCACUGCUACUGGAAGACAGCAGAAGUCCCGAAGAUUAUGUUUUUAUUUCUCAAUAUGCUACUGGUCAGAAAGAGGCUUUGAGAGCAGUGUUAAAACAAAAAACUCAAAAUACUCCUGUACUUAAGGAGGUGAAGGUACAGCUCUUAGGAAAUGCCUCCACAGAAAAAAAGGAAAGUGUUUGUCCUGACAGCAGGUCAGCACACAGGGAAGCUGAUUCUGCAACAACCAUUGCAGCAGCAACUGCUGCUGCAAUUGCUACUACAGCUCCACUUCUCAAAGUUCAAAAUGAUUUGGAAGCAAAAGUGAACUCAGUUUCAGCAUUACUUCAUAAACUACAGGAGACAGACAGACAACUGCAGCGUGUGGCCGAACAGCAAACAACUGUGAAGACUCAACACGAGAAGCCCCACUGUCAUGAAAGAGUCAGUGAGCUUGAAAAACAAAUGAAUGCUUUCAUGGUGCAACGGAUUCAGCAUUUAGAAAAGUUGCAGGAGCAACAAAUGAAUAUUCAGUCUCAUCUCAUUAGCUCUGCAGUCAACACGGGGGGCCUGCAGCAAAUUCAUGUACCUUCCUCCAGUCUCAUGAUGAAACAAUCUGAGAAGCCAGAACGAUUCCUUACUAACCAAGUGUCUUCAUCUCAGAGGGAUUUAUUUCCUACUAAUGGUCCACCUGCCCAAGUUUUCCCUGAAGCAUAUUCAAGCCAAUUUCAAAGUUGUGGCACUCAUACACAAAAAUCUCCUCCAAAGACACCAGUUCCUCGGAGAUAUGCUCCAGAACCUGUGUCAAAAAAUGUGAAAAUCUCAAAGAAAGAAAAUCCUGUAACAGAAAAGGAAAAUAUUCCCAAAUCUACAAGUGAAGGUGAAGGGAGACUUCUUGAGCAUAUUCUGAAUUCUCAAGAAAUGCCACUGAGGCAAAUGGAGUCUUCUAAGAGGGCAGCAUUAAACAGUAAUAAAAUGAGCUGGCAUUCUGAGAGAGACAGGCACACUGCUAUGCGUACAGACUCAUUCCCUGCUUUUGAAACCUCCUUCCAAAAUUGCAGUUCAAUUGAGAAAACAGUGAAAAAAGCAGAUGAUUUACUUCAAGACCUCGGCCAGUUGAGGAGAGAAAUGCAUGACAUGCUAAAGGAAGCAAAUUCAUGGAAAUCAGACAUGAAUGAUCUUAUUAAGUCAAAAAACGCUCCUGUUGCAUCUGAUCUUCAAGUACAUCAUCAGCCCAGUAAGCCAUCCAUCCUUCAAAAUGUUAAAGUGCCAAAAUCUAUACUGAGGGAUGCUGAAAGGAUUUUGAGAGGAGUUCAGAACAAUAAAAAAGUUCUUGAAGAAAAUUUGGAAGCUGUUAUUCGUGCAAAAGAUGGGGAUGUCAUGUAUACUUUUAUUAACGCCUUGGCUACAAACAGAGAUGUAUUGGAAGAGAUUCGUAUCAGAAAGACUGUGGAUGACUGGAUUAAGGCAAUCAGUGUAGAAAUCCAGGCUGAAAUGUCAAGAAAUGAUUCGGAACAAGUGAAAUAUGAUCAAAAGGUUCCAUGGAUCAGGAGAGCCCAAAACAUCAAGGCUAUGAAGACCGGUAAAGAAAUUAAAGCAAAAACUCAAAAAAUCCAAGGAUGCUCAGCAAAGAAGCCUUUAUCUGCACCUAAGCCAUUGCAGAAGCAAGCAGAAGAUAACACAAGCAAAGAGAAGUUUGGAACUUACUUUUCCUCUGAAAGUUUGCAGAGGAAAGAAAAAAGGGCAGAUGUGAGUUCCCAAGGAGGACCUGGGAGUGGAAGUACAGUGGUACAAAAUGAAGACUAUCUGUGCCAAGUUUAUGGGAAACCAAUUUACCAGGGCCAUCGUAGCACGCUUAAAAAAGCACCAUAUCUGAGAUUCAACUCUCCCUCUCCCAAAUCUAAACUGCAAAGACCCAAGGUGAUAGAGUGUGUUAGAGGUACAAAGGUAAAGUCAGCAAGAACACAGACUUCUCGCACACAGAAGAUAGUGACCAGCCCUAAGAAGCACCAUCCUUUAUAUGCACUUACUGAAGAAAAUCAGUAUCUCUUUAGUCCAAGCCGAGAUGUACCUGUGGUCUGUGGUCCACUUGAAGGUCACCUAAUUCCUAUGGCUAUUCCACUAGGUAGGAGCAAACAGCCUGUAGAAGGGAUGUGUGGAG